AUGAACUAUUACCUAGAAUACAUAAGCGAUUCUCAAGAUGUUGAAAAAUGGAUUGUAAUGAUUGCUAAAGAUCCAUUAUUAAAAAGUUUACUUAUUGAAGAUAUUGAAUUUAAAGAAACACAUUUACAAUUAAAACAAAAACAAGAUAAAGAAGACAAACGUAUAGAUGACGAAACAGUUAAACAAUGUCCAAAAUGUACACAAAAUUAUAUACCAGCUAAAUCAAACUAUGGUGAUUGUUGUUAUCAUGAUGGAUUUGUUUAUGAUUUAGAUACACACGAACAAUUAACCGGUGAUCAAGCACGAGAAAAAGUACAACAAAUAAAAUUAGCCAAUAGGAGACAACAACAACAACGACAACAACAAUUACAAAAACAUGAAACAAAUUUAAUAUGGGCAUGUUGUUUGGCAUUAGCUGACGAUCAAAUAUAUGCAUCACCUGUCAACGAGGAGCUCAUGGGUUUCCAGAUGAAUUAG